AUGUCUUCUAGCGCGCGUUUCGACAUUGCUCAGUACGGGCCAGGCAAGCAACUGGACCUCAAGAAAUAUUCACCUGCGAAUCCCCAUGGCCUCUCACGAUACCCUGCAAUGCCCCCACCACCAUUAUAUCACCUUCGUGGCUUCAAUCCCGAUUCGGAGACCCAAGUGAAGCUCGAGAUUCUCGAAUCACUCUCUGGCGGUAUUGACGGAAGAGCGCAGGUCCUUCUCUGCAAGGUCAUCAAGCCACCCCCUGCUUCCUCGACUGUCAACGUUGGGGAGGGCGACUACGAGCCUGUCCCAGGCCCAGGCACUCGAAUCGUGGCCAAGGUGUAUGAUUCCAGGUUCUGGCCGAGCGACUAUGGUGCGCCGAUCAGCAAUCACAAACUGGCCGACAGCGAUCUCUGCUGUGAGAGUUACGCUUACAAGUACCUCUACCAGAAGAAGUUGACAGGCUAUCCGCAUCUUACGGCGCAGUACUACGGCACCUGGGCUGUGACGCUCCCCCGUGGCAAGAACAAAUCCAUGUCCGUCGGCCUGAUACUCAUGGAGCACAUUGUCGGAUAUUCCAUUGACGAGCUGUGCGGCCGUGAUAAGUACGAGCAACUGGUCCCGGAUGUCAGCGCACCCAUCAUCUUCCACGAGUCGGACCAGGCCAAGGAUGGUGAGGUGUGCUUGGAGCUCACCAAAGAAAACCGCAUGGAGGUCCUCAAGCAGUUCAUCGACGGCUGCGUCAGGCAUAUGCACGUGGGCAUUGCACACAAUGAUGCCGAGCCUCACAACGUCUUCAUCACCAUGCGCAACGGAAUCGAUGAUCUCGACAAGCCACGGACAGUCAUGCUCGACCAUAUCUUGACCGAAGUGUGGUCUAUGACCGCAGAUGCACGAAAGCCAGGCUACGAAACACACUGUCUCGAGAUGUCUAGCAAGCCGCCUCAUCCAAUGGAGCGGUACAGCGUCAAAGCGCUGCCCAACUUCGCCGGCUGGUACCCUAGCCACUGGGUAAAGCCGGGAAACCACAAGCUGUUUGACCAGUGGCUCAUUGAGGCCUUUGGCCCUCUGGAGGACAGCGAUGAGUCUCCGUAUUGCACAUUUGCCGUGGUACGCGAGUGCAUCAAAGAGAAGAAGGCUGCCAACGCCCGGAUGGUCGAGAACAUCAAGAAGGCAGAGGACGACAAGAAGGCAGAGGACGACAAGAAGGAGGCCGCUGAGAAAACGACCCAGCAGACGUACAACCCAAACCCGGACUUCAUUCAUUUCCCAGCUCGUUUCGUGGGUUCUUCCAGAGCGCCGCAUUUCUUCGACGACCACGCAUCUGUCUUUCAAUUCACGACCAGGAGCGGUCACCCCCUUCCUCCACCCACUAACUGGGUCGGCAAAUGGCCUCCUGCUUACACCACGAAGGUCUUCUGGGGUGCCGAAAACCCGCAGGCCGAGGGUGGUGAGGACACCCCAGAACAGGACCCACGUGUUAGCUUGCCGUACCGACAGGCAUCUGAUCAUCGACCCGUGGCUACCGUGAAGCCCAACACCGAUCGCGACGACCCUCAGCGACAUGAGCAGAAGGACGCCGAGGCGAAGAAGACGAAGUAG